AUUGGCUUUGUCCUCUGAAGUUGUCAGACGGUGAACUGUGCUCAGUGUCCUCUCCUCAAACUUUUAAUACCAAAGUUACUUUUUAUUUGUACUAUGAGUAAUGUACCCACCCACAAUGGAGUAGGUCUAGAGCGGCAGUGAGUCUCAGGUGCGCCAGGCUGAUAUUCCUGACGGUGGGCACCUCUGGUACCUGUCUACUACACCUACUUCCUCUACGCACCUACCUACACCUAAUUACCAGCCCAGGAGAUGAAUUAGAGCCCCAGAAAUAAGAUGGAAGCCGCUGGUCGUCACUACUGGGCUGUGGAGGCGGCGUUUGCUGGUCUAGGCUUGGACGGACGAGACCACACUGGUCAACGUGGAGGUGGGCGCGGGGGCCGGGGAGGAGGCCGCUACGUUCCCCCUCAUCUACGAAAUCGACUAGAGGAUAAUCCCCCACAGCCACCACCAGGUGAGGACGCCUCAGAAGUUGAUACUUCAGAUAGGAAUUCUAGGGACGGUUUCGGAAGUUGGUAUGCUCCCCGCAGUUUCCAGAACUCUGGCCGUAGCUGGGACCAGGACAGAGAUAGAGACAGGGACAGAGAUCAGUUCGGCAGCAGUGGACGCAAGAACGGGGAUUUGCCAUCAAAUAACUACCAACGACGAGACAACCGCGGAGGCGGCGGUGGGGGCAACCCUGGGGGCACUGGAUUCCGAGGGGGUGAUGGGCAGCGCUUCAGGGAGCACGACGAUCGAUGGAGAGGUGGUCGUGAAAACCGCAGUGGGGGCUAUGAAGAACGCUACCGUGAUGGUGGGGGAGUGAACGGGCCUCCUCGUAAUACUCGAUGGAUUGAAGAUGACCGUGAUCGCUCCUCUGGAGGAAAUUCAAGUAGCCGGUGGCAGGAUCGUGCAAAUGAUCGCGAUGACUGGUCUCAGCCUUUGCCCAGGAAUGAAGUCCUGGAGGCAGAGCUCUUCACUCAUGCUGGACCAGUAUCAAACAGUGGUAUCAACUUUGACAAAUAUGAUGACAUUCCUGUGGAGGCCACUGGAGAUGAUGUUCCAGUGGCAAUCAACACUUUCGCAGAUAUCAAGCUAACGGAAAUUAUAAAGAUGAACAUAGCCUUAGCACGUUAUGAUAGACCAACACCUGUUCAGAAAUAUGCUCUGCCUUUCAUCUUGGCCAAGAGAGAUCUGAUGGCCUGUGCCCAGACGGGUUCGGGAAAAACAGCAGCAUUUUUGGUCCCUAUCCUUAACCAGAUUUAUGAGCAAGGUCCAAUUCAGAUCAAGAAUAAUAACCCUCGUGGGCGCAGCAAGCAGUACCCACUUGCCCUGGUUUUGGCACCCACUCGUGAGCUGGCAACCCAAAUAUACGACGAGUCCAGAAAGUUUUCUUAUAGGGCUCGAGUACGUCCAUGUGUAGUGUACGGUGGUGCAGAUGUAGUCUCACAGAUGAGGGACUUGUCUCGUGGUUGCCAUCUACUUGUUGCUACACCUGGUCGUCUUGCCGAUAUGAUUGACCGUGGCAAGAUUGGUCUGGACUCUUGCAAAUACCUGGUACUUGAUGAGGCUGAUCGCAUGCUGGACAUGGGUUUUGAGCCUCAGAUUCGCAGAAUCGUUGAGGAGGACAACAUGCCUCCCACUGGACAGCGACAGACGCUCAUGUUCUCGGCUACGUUCCCCAAAGAGAUUCAGCGCCUUGCCCAAGAUUUCUUGGACAAUUACAUUUUCUUGGCGGUGGGUCGUGUUGGAUCGACUUCUGAAAACAUCACACAAAAAAUUGUAUGGGUUGCUGAGGACGAUAAGCGCUCCUUCCUACUGGACAUACUCAAUGCUGCCGGCCUGGACCGUCUGAGCGAAGCAACCAAGGAUGAAAAAUUGGCCAUGGGUGUACCCUCUCAGAAAGAAGAAUCCUUGACAUUAGUGUUUGUGGAAACCAAGAAAGGGGCAGAUGCUCUUGAAGAGUUCUUGUAUCGCCAUGGUUACCCAGUCACAAGUAUCCAUGGAGAUCGUAGCCAACGUGAGCGUGAGGAUGCUCUCCGUGUUUUUCGCUCUGGCCAGUGUCCCAUUCUGGUAGCCACUGCGGUUGCAGCUCGUGGCUUGGACAUUCCCCAUGUUAAACAUGUCAUCAAUUUUGACCUUCCAUCUGACAUAGAAGAAUAUGUUCACCGUAUUGGUCGUACUGGUCGUAUGGGCAACCUUGGUCUUGCCACAAGCUUCUUCAAUGAUAAAAACCGUAAUAUGGUUCGAGACUUGGUAGAGCUGUUGCAGGAAGCGAAGCAAGAGUUGCCCAAGUGGCUGGAGGCCAUUGCAUCAGAGACACGCUGGGGGGGUGGUGGCGGUGGAAGAGGGCGCAGUGGGGGAAAGAGAUUUGGUGGUGGAUUUGGCUCUCGUGAUUACCGUCAAGCUGAUCGCAGCAAGGGUCCCCACACUUCAGGUCCUGCACGUCCUGGUGGAACUUUCAACAACUUCGGGGGAGUUAAUUUUACAGCACCGCCACACUUCAAUAAUUACGAGAGCUACGGCUUCAGUGGAAGUGGCUUCAACAGUUACAGCCCUUCAGGGGCCUCGGGAACAGACUGGUGGGGAAAAUGAACUCCAGCAGCAGAGACUCCGGCACCGUGCCACGUUGUGCAACACUUGUUAAAUCUGGGACUAUACCAUUAGUGGAAGUGCAGUGUUUGCUUUUUCUUUUAGUUUAGAUGGGUGGUGUAAACCCUUGGUAGUAUAUAAGGUCACUUCUGUAAUGGCACAAACUGUUUGUUGAUUAGUGGUUUCCCUAUAAUGACAAGUGUGAGUGAUCAGUCCUAAAAUGGAGUGAUGCUUGAAAAAAAAGAUAUUACAACUGUUUACUUGGAAAAAAACUGUUCCCAGAAUUGUGUAUUGCUUCAUACUUGUACCCAGUAACAAGUGACCACAAAGUGGCAUAGAAAAAAAAUGUUUUAGCAGCAGUCAAACUUUUAAAAGUGUUAUCAUUAUCAAAGCCCUGCUGUCUGAAGAUGUGGCAUGUGUCACCUUAAUGCGGGGUUCUCUUUUAAACUUGAAAUUUUCUUGUGUCACAAGCUUGAAACUUUUCUCUGAAUAUGUUGACCUUAGACUGAAGGCUCACUUGUCUUGAUGUUUACCGCCUGCAAGUCUGCAUCACAACCCAAAUAUUGACGUUACUUAGAGAGGAAACUUGAACUUUUCUCAUGCUUCUUUGUGUGAUAAUUAGCAGUCAAGAGGAGGGGUUGAAUAGUAAUAAUGCAGCCCCAUCUCUGAACCUUUAGCAUGGGUUUAAGUACCAUGUUCCACUGUGUAGCACUGAAAAUGUAGACCCUUUUUUUGAUUAUAAGUAUGUAUGAUGCAGAAACUGAGGUCAAUUGUGAACAUAUUUUAUCCCUAAAAUACCCCAAAUGUCAAGGUUGGGCUGCUGUUAACUUUUGUGUCUAAUAUAUAUUGUAGCGGUGGUGUUGCCGGGCGAAGAAAAGUGAACUAAUGCCUCGGCCAAAUUUAUAGCGGAGGGACAGUUAUGUAGUAUGUUAACAUCACUGGAACGCCCGGGCAACAGCAGCGUGCACUGUUGCAUUCAUUAAGGUAUUAUAAUUAUAGAAUUCUGUAGCAUGGCUUUUGGGGAGUUUAAUUGAUCAUUUGAUAUUUUGCCGUCCCUUUUGAUUGUAGCAUUGAACGAGCCUCUGGAGCAGCUGUGAAUGCAGUUAUUUCAGAUUUACUUCUUGUUGCUCAGAAGAAACUUUAAAACUUUAUAACUUGUCCGGAAUACAUUUGGAGUGGAUCCAAGUGAGUUAUGUUUUAAAUACUUAAAAGGAUUGAAUCCUUAUGAGGCUCAGUAUGGAGAUGUGUCUUUGUCUCUCCUCCUGGAUUUUGAAGACCCACCAUAACUUUUUUUUUUAAUUUAUAUAUACAUAUAUAUUUUUUUUUACUUAAGUUCGGUUGGACUUGGGUGCUGGUUACAGCAUCCACUACACAGUAGCGGCCGACGCCGCAACACAUGGCCGCAGCAUCACUCAAGCCUGGUCUCCUGAAGGCAGUGGCUAGCAUGUUGCAGUAAUGAUCCAUCCCUGAGUCAUACAAAUAACUUGACUAAUCUCAGGGUAUAGGCCUACCCAGUGUUCGACAAACGUGUUCCUGUCUAGUAAUGUUACAAACUGGGCAGGGAGACAUUGCUGAUCAGCUACCAGCAGUGUAUUGAUGCAUCUCAAGUAGAAUUGCUGUGGCACAUUGCAGCCUUCUUAGAUAUUAAGUCAAACUACCUGUAAAUUAUGAGAAGGCCGUGUGUGCCUGGUCUCACUUUGGCGAACACUGCCAUUAUUACUGUGAUAUUGUUUGAUGCCCGUUAUAUAGCGGGAUAGGGUGCGGGGCCAGGUUUGGGUUGUGGCAGAGAACGCCCCCGGCAGAGGGCUGCCAGCUCUUCCCUGGCAUAAGCUAGCAGGGUUGCAGCGAGUUCUGAUGAUAGUGAGACAGAGGUACAGCCCACAUUCCACUUUUAUCAUGAUCCUCCACAAAUGUUUAUAUAGUUAUACCUGUAAUCUCAGUCAUAGUCUGAGUAUUGCCAAAGAUUGUUAGUUUGUAUGUUCAUGUACAAAUGUUGUCUUUAUUUAGUAAUCCAUAUUUGUUAUUGUAGAUGCUGACAUAAGCAGUCCUGCUUAUGCUCACCUCAGACUAACUCUAGUCGGUGAUGGCGCGCUGUUCCUCGUAGUAAACAGGCAGGAGUGUGUGUGAGUGAGUUAAAAGAAUUUGGCUCCUGGUUCCCAGUGAACAAAACUAUUUGCCCAUAGAUCUGAGUAUUUGGGCAUUUCUCAUGUUGAUAUCUCAUCAGCUGCUUGUAACUUGUUGGUGCUAGAUUUUAAUAUUAUGUCCAGGAGCUUUGAUCAGGUACAAAGUUCAUAGCACAAUGAUCUGUCAUGGAGAGAUUGUGUUAAAAAUAAUCGGGUGUUUUAAUGUAAACACUGCUCCUGCAGUGGGAUGCUGCUGCGUUAGCUAGUAUAUUUAAACAAUAAAAUUGUGCAAAAUUGAAAUUUUAGUGGUACAAUAAUUUAUAGUAAUGUACAGAUUAUGCAUUUUAUGUACUGGCUUGUGUGGGAUAGCCAAACAAAGAAUAUAGAAUUUUUCAGAUUAUAUAUAGUCAAUGUACCAACAUUAUUUGAUGCCUGGAGCAUCAGGAAUGCUUUAUAAUCAUCUAAGUAACACUUACGGCAUGUGGAGAUACACCAGCGACCCACGUAGGGGUUGCUGGGAAGGGGGGGGGGGAUGCCAUUCACCACUGCUGCUACACUUGACCAAGACAAAAUACACUAAAUAGCAACGUGAAAAGUAAUCAGUGAUGUGCGAUACAUUAAAAGUAAUGUUACAUUCUUAAAUAUAUGCAGCAUGGAGAGAAUCAGUGAUGUGUGAAACAUACCAGCAUGGUAGCUACAAGGAGGAUGGACAGUGAUAUGGUACAUUAGAAGCAAUGUGUUGUGGGUGGGUUGUAAGCAGUGGUGAGAGGCUCCAGGGAUCAUCUUUCCACCAAGGAAGAGCAAUGUCAUCUUCCGGGCCCUGCGAGAGCUUCAGAUAAGCUCUUCCGGGAGGUCAGGAAGGGGUCCUCAACAUUUCCCAUGGAAAGAAAGUGUACCUAAUAUUGGGGAAAUAUACGGGGGGUCUCUGCGCCAAAUAUUGUGUAGAUAAAAUGUAUCGUCUUUUUAUACAAGAUUACAAGCUAUUUUUUAUUUCUCUCAUUUCUAGAGAUUUAAGGAGAGAUCUCACAUUGAUAGGGAUGGCAAAUUGAAGUCUACUACUAUUAUAUUCACUCUGGCAUUUAGAUCAUUUAUGAAACUAGAGAAUGUACUCAAGCUUUCUUAAAAUAUAAUAAAAACAGCAAAAUAUUU